AUGUCAAAUCAUCAAUCUAAGAAAUCCAAGAAAACUCCAAGCAUAAAUAUCCUAGAUGAUGAGUCUUCUAGAAGUGAAGCGCCUAAUGGAGAUAAAAAUCAAGAAAUUCAAUCAAUACAACCAAGAUUUGAGUCUCCUCGCGUUGAUCGCUCUAGUUCGAUGAGUUUUAUUAAAGAUGUUACCCAAAAACUUCCACGAAAUACAGUUACUCAAUGUAAAAUGUAUAGAGAAAAGCGAGGUCUUGCAUUAUCUUACGUUUAUCAAUUAUUUGGAGAGGAAGACCAACCAAUUUUUGUUGCUAAGACAGAAUCUACUAUGUUUUCAACAAAAUUUUCUGUGAUAGAGACUGUUACUGGUAACAAAAUUGGUAAAAUAGAAUCAAAUAUAACAUCAUUAGUUUAUAAAGUUACUGGACCUAACGAAACCAUUAAAAUUGAAUAUAACGAGAAUUUCAUGGGUCGUCAUGGUCCAAGAGCUUUUACAAUGACAAUUGAAGACCCAGAAAGGCCAAAAAUCUUUGUGUUAAAGCCUCCAAUUGUUUUGAAUGGCGAAUACUACCAGAACUUCCAUGAUUUAAAGACAGCUCCAAGUAUCAAAAAUUUCAUUUGUGUACCUCAAAACGAAUUCUGCGAGGAAGUUUGUAUUUUCGUUAGGAAUCCAGAUAAUUCGUUCACUUUACGUGUCAAAGAACCAUUUUCUCUUUUUGAAGCUUUUGCAUUAGCAUUAACUAGUUUACAUACUGGAAUUUUCCAUCGUUAA